AUGGUAGCUAUAUUGAUCUCCAAUCCUGAGAUCAAUGAAAAAGGCGAAGUGGUACCUAGAGACGCGAAGAGUAUUAAGGUGGAUCCUAAAACGAAUCAAGUAUGGGCUUUUGAUCACCAUGAUCCGAUCUCUAAAGAAGAUGUGUACUCUACCGGUUUUGCAGAUCCUGUCACAGGAUACGUCGUCACCGUAUAUGGUAGAGUUGAUCCCAAAACAGGUGCAAUUUCUAAGAUCAGUAAAGUGGAUCCCAGUAGCACCAAAGUCGUACCCGAAACUCAGCAGAUAUUUACGAAGACAUCACAAACAGAUGAGUCAGGUGCUCCAGUUUACUGUGCUUCUGAAAUUGAUACCAAAACUGGCCAGAUUUACACAAAAUAUGGAAAGAUCGAUCCCAAAACAGGAAAGCUCGUUAUAAUUAAAGUGUAUCUAAUCACCCAGAACGAUCCUACAGGUACAGUAAAGGAAAUAGAUCCCAAAGACUGUCAGUUCGAUGAGAAAACAGGCAGAAUCAUCAAUGUUACCACGCACACCGUUUACAUUUACAGUAUGGUAGAUCCAAAAACAGGCAAAAUAGUCCAAGUGGAUCCUAACGAUCCUGUGGUAAAGAGCGCAAAUACUAAAGUAACCCAAGUGUUGACUCUCUCCGGUGAAAUAGAUCCUGAGACAGGCAAGAUCCACACAGAAUGGGGUCAUAUCGACCCACAGACCGGAGAUAUCGAUCCCAAGACCGCUAGAACAGAUCCUGUUACCGGCAAACUUAUCCUCAACUAUGCCCAAAUCGAUGCCAGUCACUUUACGGAUCUCAAAGAUACGAAGGUCAAAGUGAAAACGUACACCAAGGGUGAGAAGGACUCUGGAGAAUCUAGUGAUGAUGACCUCAACGAGUACGCCAGUGAGAAUCUCGGCGAUAUGGCAAACCUGAAUAUAUCCAAGGGCAAGAAGGUGACCACAAGCACACCAGUAAUCGUAAAGACAACCACCAAGCAGAUUGUGACGAAGGAUAAAGACGGGUUGACUCAGAACAUCGAAGAGAGGGUUGAAGACGGUAGGACUGGAGAGUUCUAUGCAGUUGCAAUAUUAAUUCUGCUUCUCACAAUCAUUGCAUCGUUGUCUUUACAUUGA